AUGGAUCCCAACAAGGUGACUACAUAACUAUUACCUAUCUGUUGAAAUCCUUUGCUCAAUUCAGGAUGAAGAAUCUCCGAAAAAAGAGUCGACAAACACGUUCAAGAGUGUGAAAGAAAUUGUUCAACAGUUCGAGAAUGUCGGAUCUCAGAUCAAUCUGCGCUCUUCCGAGGGCUCCACGGCUAGACAACAAUUGGAAAACGAAAGCGGCGACGCAAACAUGGGUGGAUCAUCAGUUUCGGUGAGUUCAGAUUGUCAAAUGAUCAUCAUGUGUUUACAAAGGUGUUAUUAUAGGUGAUUGGCCUUCCACAACCUCCCAUUGGGAGCGCCGCUUCGUUGCCACGUCAACACGAGAGAAACAGAGACAAUUCCCUUGCCAGUUGCUUGACCUUGACGACCGACAACUUCACUGAAACGACUAAUGUUAUUCCCGUACGCACCAUCCUAGCUUUCAGCGUUAAAUUGGUGAUUUCAGAAUUCGGAAAACAUCGAGAUCGUGGGAAGCCAAUCAAGCAUCGCAAAGCCGACAUGUUCCACGUUGGCCCUCGGAAACGCAAAAAUUCCGGCGUAUUGUUCAAAUACUAUUGGGAAGAAUAUUGCGUACAUCAACAUCAGUGGACGUCUCGUUCCGAAGCUUGAUGCCAACCUUCAGCACGUUGAGAUUGAGAAGAUCGUCGUGCCGAUCUCGCCUCGCAGCGGACAAUCUGAGAUUAGACUCACCAACAAGCCGAUCGAUCUCAAUUCUGAAGCCAAAGGAGUUGAUAAAGAGAGCAAGAAGAUUCCGGACCUAUCGGAAUUGUCUGCCACCCAGCUAUUGAAAGAGCUGAAAGAUUUUUCAGUUCAAGUUCAGAAAGCGCCAAAGUUAUCUAUGAACCAGUUUCCGCCGCUGUCAGACCUCUUUCGGAUGAAGCUUCUGGAUGGUAUAAGACUCUUGUCGGCGCAAGUUCAGGAAGCCGGUGCAGGAUGCGAUAAUGUGAAGUACCGGGAAAUGCCGAUGACGUGCAGCAUUUUGAGAAAACGAAACAAUGUGUCAUUGACGGAGACAUUGAUGGAGCCGAAGGAGCCACCUAAAACUGCGUCCCAGCUGAACGUCAAUCUCGGAGCCGCGAGAAACAACACCGAAAGCAACGAGCUGGUCAGUCAGGCGCAGAUGGAGUUUUUGAUUGCGCUGAUUCUCCAGCAUCCGGAGCGCUUCUGUCGGGCUAUUGCCGAUGUAUUCAAGACACUGGUUACUGUGAAUCCGGAUUCCGACACAAAGUCCAGCAGUUUGCUUCUGUUUGGGGCUGAUUCUGAGAGCCAGUGUACUAUUCCGGAUACUCUGGCAAAGACGACCCUUUUGAUUCCGAAAUACGAAAAGAAGAUCGGCUGUGAUGACGCCACUCAGAUAGCUCCAUUGUAUCACCACAAGUUUGGAUGGUUCGACAAACGUCUCGAUCGGGAUGCUCUGAUGUCGGAUGGAGUGGUUCUGCUCAACCACAAAAAAAUGGAAUUCGGUUCUCCCGCGAAGGUUCGUGACGGUCCCUCCGAUGUGAGUCAGCUUUUCUCUUGCAUCGAAUGUACAGUAAUCUUGAUUUUACAGAUCUGUAGACACUGUGUUAAGAGCGACAAGGACGGAGUGGAGGAAACAAAGAAGAAGUCGAAGAAGGUGUCGAAGAAACCCAAGAAGAACGAGAAGCCGUCGGCGGCCGCCAAACAGAAGAAGACCUGCAGCAUCAUGUAG